AUGGCAGACGCCUGCUGCUCCAGGAUGCGUGUUAUUUCUGCUUCCACCACGUCCAUCUGCUCUAGUAACCUGAGCUGUGGCAGCAGACUUUGCUCACCCAGUAUUUGCACCAACUCAUCUGGGAAGAUGGACGACUGCCCAGAGAGCUACUGCGAGCAUCCCUGCUGCACCCCCUCCUGCUGCCAGUCCUUCUGCUGUGCCCCCACCUACUGUGCCCCAGCUCCCUGCCUGACCCACAUCUGCAGCCCCGUGAGCUGCGGGUCCAGCGCCUGCCAAUCAGGCUGCACUGCCUCCUGUGGGCCCUCCUGCUGCCAGCCUGCUUGCUGCACACCCGUCUGCUGUAAGCCUGUCUGCUGCACACCAGUGUGCUGUACACCUGUGUGCUGUAAGCCUGUCUGCUGCACAUCUGUCUGCUCUAUGCCCGUCUGCUGGGAGCCCGCCUGUUGUGUGCCCGUCUGCUGUGGGGCUGGCCCCUGCUCCUCCUCCUCAUGCUGCCAGCCCUCUCCCUGUGCCCCCUCCUGCUGCAAACCCUCCUCCUGUGUGUCUCUGCUUUGCCGCCCCAUGUACCCCCAGGGGACCUGCUGCUGA